UUGACUGUUUGACAAACAAAUGGAAGUAAUGCAAUGAGCGGCCGUGUAUUGUUGUCCAUUGUGUAUAAUAAAUAAUAAGAAGAUACCUUAAUUUAUUAUUUUAUAAGUGGCAAAUUUCUACUACCCAUAAUUUUGUGUUUUCAGCACCAUUCAAGGCGACUAUGAUUAUACCAGUGCGUUGUUUUACCUGUGGUAAAGUUAUUGGAAAUAAAUGGGAGGCAUAUUUGGGUUUGCUUCAAGCAGAAUAUACGGAGGGCGACGCGUUAGACGCCCUUGGUCUGAAGAGGUACUGCUGCAGACGAAUGUUGCUGGGUCACGUGGAUUUGAUUGAAAAACUUCUCAAUUAUGCUCCUUUAGAGAAAUAGAAAUAAGCUUAGUUUUGUAAUUGAAUAUUGUUUGAAACAGGUUUUGUCAUUGCUGCGAUACAAAUGAUUCUAAAACAUGCCUAAAUCAGUUAAAGCUGUUCUCUAAUAAAUAUUUUUUCCAU